CUAACCGGAAAAAAAUUUUUCAAUAAAAUCUGAAAAGUAAGUUGUGAACUGUAAUUUCUAAACUGGAAAAACAAAAUGUUCCGACCGCAAUUGUUUCAUAAUCCGGGCUUUCAACAACCGUGUAAAAGCCUCGUGCCAACCAAUCAGCUCCAUUUCCUGUACCAGCAACAGCAUGCGUCAUAUCCGGUUGACCUUUUACCAUUCAAAGCGCUCACCGAGUUGUCCAAUCGGCUGUUCCAUGCCGAAGCACGUGAUCAACUUCCAAAAACAUUUUAUUUUAAUCAAGAUGACCUAGACAAUGUUCUAUAUGGGUACACCAGACAAUGCGGAAAUCCUCGGAUGGGUGUACACGCUCUUAGUGGUCUGAAAGUUGGAGAAAUUUCACAUGGUAUUGAUCGCAUACUGUCACAUGGAAGCCCGGGCUCGAACAACCCAUUGAUGAUGUCAGCGUUCAGAUAUUCUAGGACAGACCCCCCACCACACGAUCUACCAGCGGAAUUAUGUAUUUGUCCAACAACUUUCGCUGGAAUGGUGCAUUAUGGUAUAUUCUGUCGAAAGCAGACGAUACAGAAAGGAACGCGAUAUGGUCCAUUCAAGGGGAAAAUAGUAAACACGAGCGAGAUAAAAUCUUUUGAUGACAACAGUUACAUGUGGGAGAUAUUUAAAGAAGGAAAACUUAGCCACUUUAUUGAUGGACGCGGCGCAACCGGAAAUUGGAUGUCGUAUGUAAACUGUGCGCGCCAUAUUUCAGAACAAAACGUUACAGUUGUGCAAGAGGGAGGUCAGAUAUUUUACGAGGUGUGUCGCGAUAUACAUCCUGGUAUGGAAGUCUUGGUCUGGUAUGGAGACAUGUACUCACAAUUUAUGGGGAUUCCUGUGACCAUCGCCGCUACAGAAGAAGAAAAGCAAAGCGAACUGUUAGCAGAAGACAACUUAUCCAGUAACGAAGGAUACCAGUGUGAAAGAUGCGGGAAGGUGUUUGCGUAUAGGUAUUAUAGGGACAAACAUUUAAAAUACACACGGUGUGUAGACCAAGGAGACAGAAAAUUUCCAUGUCAUUUGUGUUCAAGGUCAUUUGAAAAGCGGGAUAGAUUGAGGAUACACAUUUUACACGUGCACGAGAAGCACAGACCUCAUAAAUGUGCGGUAUGUGGAAAAAGUUUCAGUCAAUCUUCAAGUUUAAACAAACAUAUGAGGGUUCACAGCGGGGAGCGGCCGUAUAAAUGUGUAUACUGCAACAAGUCUUUUACGGCUUCAAGUAUCCUACGGACACACAUAAGACAACAUUCCGGGGAACGACCUUUCAAAUGCAAGUAUUGCGGGAAGGCGUUUGCAUCGCACGCUGCGCAUGACAGUCACGUGAGGCGAACUCAUGCGCAGGAAAAAGCGAACACUUGCAGAGAGUGCGGCCAACAGUUUGGACAUAUUUUUGACCUGAAAUUACACAUGAGAGUUCAUGAAGGAUCCGGCUUACCUAUAGCUCAAAGAAUGAUAAUGACACACGAGCAAAAAUAAAAAUAUCAUAGAAGCGGGGAACCGUUUGGACAACACUUAUACCGUAACAAAGACGGAUAAUAGUUUUAGAACCAAAGAUGGCGCAAAAAAAAUCGGGGCACAUCUCACAAAACUUGUAACGCCAACAAAACGGGCAACAUUUCAAAGCACUUAUUGCCGCAUCAAGGUACUUUUUGCGGCAACAAAGUCUGGAAACAAUUCAGAACACUUACUGCGGCAACAAAGCCAGGAAACAAUUCAGAACACUUACUGCGGCAACAAAGCCAGGAAAAAAUUCAGAACACUUACUGCGGCAACAAAGCCAGGAAACAAUUCGGAACACUUAUUGUGGCAACAAAGCCAGGAAACGAUUCAGAACACUUUUUGCGGCAACAAAGAAAGAGAACUGUUUCAAAAUGUUCCGAGCUAUAGCAAGGGGGUAGUUAUCUCACAAAAUUUCCAGUCGGUUAAUGGAAAUAAACUGGGACCAUACAAGAACUCUUGCAGUUUAUAUUUGGAGAAUUUCAAACAAUUUGUGAUUUACUAUUAUGGUAAAUGAGACCGCAUCAUUCUAAACUGUCUAUAACAUACAAACACUGUCAACAUUGCUUUCAAAAUACUAUUGUAAUGUAUAACUGCAUGUAACAUUGACAAUGUUUUGACAAUCACUUUGAGUAACUUCUAUAAAUAAAUUAAAAUACAUAACUUAUUUGUUUCUUUUAAAAAUUGUAAAUAAUGAACAGUUUAUCAAUAA